CACCACAUAUGUAAAAAUGCAUUUCCUUUCUGCAUAGUACAAGAUGUUUAUUAGAUAACAGGAAUUCAAGAUUUCAGUAAAGUCAUUAAAGCUUUGUUUCCUUCAAAGGAUCCAAUAUUUGGACAUGAAGGUGUGUCAAUGUCUUUAAAGACUUGAUUGAAUUUCUGGUCCCUGUCUCCCUCUGUAAAAGCGAAAGGAAAUGACAAAACCAGACAAAAUAUGUUGGGGGAGGACUUAGAUGGCAGAAUAGCUGUGAAGUUUUCUAAAAUAUUUUCCAUUUUGGAUCUAAACAAAAAGUACCACUUUCUUUCAGAAAGAGUAUGAGCAAAAAAUUCCCCACGCUCCCCUGCCCUUCUGGCCAAUUGAAUUCGAGUCACUAGCCAAACAAGAUCUUAUGCCCUUUCAUGGUCUCAGCCGUAGAAGGAUCUUGUUUACUGCUUAAAAAUUAACCAACAAGCACUUGUAUUUAUCUUGUCAUAACUCUCUUGAACUUUUUUGAACACCAUUAUUAUUAUUAUUAUUAUUAUUAUUUAUGAUUAGUAAACCAUAAUGAUAUAUUGAGGUCUCAUAAAAGGUAAAUGAACUUAGUUACAGCAUUUAAGUGUGUAUUAGCCAACAUUCUGAUUUUGUUUUGCAGGCUUUAGGAGAUUCAAAGGAACCAAUAAAAAGCACAAAAAGAAUAGGAAGAAUUAAGCUUUUAUUCAGUUGUAAAGUGGCAUGGCCAAUUUGAACGUAUCUUAUAUAUACAAGGCUUAAACUAAAACAAUUAAGAAUAGCCUUUUUACUAAUAAACCCAUCAAUUACUGUCAUUUAUCGUGUACAGAGGAGGUUUAGGAUGAUGAUGCAGAUAAUGUCAUAUCCAACUGUAGUCUAUUUUGCUGUUGAGCUUUUCUUUCUCUUUAUAAAGAUGAUGUGACAAGACCAAAGAUUUUUCUGGUUUUAAGCUGGUAAUCCAAUUGCCUCUGACAUUUGAAGCUGAGAAAUUGAGAGAAUCUGAAGUAUGGGAAUUAAAUCCUGCUUAGUGAAGUUUCUACCGUUUGCAGUCAUGGUGGUAGUUCAAUGCCUGGAUGUUGGUUUGACAACACUGAGCAAAGCAGCCAUGUCAAGAGGAAUGAGUCACUAUGUCUUUGUUGUCUAUGCAAAUGCUCUUGCCAGUCUCAUUCUCUUCCCAUCUUCUUUCAUCAUCGAGAGAAAAAGGAGACCACCACUCACCUUCUCUAUCCUCUGUAAAUUCUUCCUACUUAGCCUUGUUGGGAUAACUAUGAUGCAGAAUUGUGCAUUUACUGGUGUAAACUAUAGCUCUCCUACACUUGCAUCUGCAAUGACCAACUUGGUUCCAGCUUUCACAUUCUCACUUGCUGUCAUUUUCAGAAUGGAAAAGUUGGAUUUGAAAAGUUCAAGAAGCCAGAUGAAGUUGAUGGGGACUCUGUUAUCAAUAUCAGGAGCAAUGGUUGUCACCCUAUACAAAGGCCCUCCAAUUUUAAAAACACUGCAAGUUCCAUCCACUGAAAAAUUUUCAGCAUCAAAACCAUUUUUCUUUUCCACCAUGUUAAAGACAACCCCAAGUAACUGGGUCAUUGGAAGUCUAUUCCUAGCAAUCAGUAGUUUAUCAUAUGCAAUAAGCAAUACUGCUCAGGCAGCAAUUCUCAAAGAAUACCCAUCACAAAUUACCAUGGUAUCCUUCUUUUGCUUCUUUGGGGCAAUCCAAUGUGCAACACUUUCUUUAUUUGCAGAAAGAGAUCCAAAUGCCUGGAUACUGAAGCCUGAUAUUGAACUCAUUUGUAUUUUAUAUUCGGCUAUAUGUGGAUGUGUGGGAAUGUUUACUGCAAUUUCAUGGUGCAUAAAAAUGAAAGGGCCUGUGUUUGUGUCUAUGUUUACGCCUUUGGAGAUUGCUAUAGCUUCCAUACUGGCUACCAUCUUCCUUGGUGAGACCCUUUAUGUUGGAAGUGUUAUUGGAGCAGUGGUGAUCGUUAUAGGGUUUUAUGGAGUCAUUUGGACUCAAUUUAAGGAAGAAAAAGAUGAAAAUCAUGAAGUUAAUGGACCUCAAUCAUCCUCUGUAAAGACCCCUCUUUUGGAAACCCAUCGCACAGACGUUUGAACCAAUAUGGGAAACUUUUAUUCAUAAGUUAACUAUUGUGUAUUAUAGAACCUAAAAGCUUGAUAUUUGAGACCCUUGUAAUUAUUCCAUAUGAGGUAAGCCCAAUGGCAAACCACUGUUUCCUCGAUUAUAGAUUAUCGAGAUAAAAAGUAAAAAAGUAAAAAUAAAAAAU